AUGAUAUCCAAUCUUCCUGUGGACUUGCUAGAGGAGAUUCUCUCUAGGGUUCUGUUGAAAUCUAUAGGAGCAGUGCGAUCUACUUGUAAAAACUGGAACGUUUUAUCUAAAGAUGAGAGAUUUGCCAAUAAGCACAUUGAAAAAACAGCAGCAUCACAACGAGAUAAGGAGGUUCUUGUGAUCACGGUGAAUACCAAAGAUCAUUUGAUUAGCGUCAAAUUCUAUGACUUUCACAAGAAAAACUUUGAUCCAUCCAUAAACCGUAACGGUAUACUUAUUACACGAGAAAAGUCAGAUCAAGUAGUCUCUGUACGUCAUGUCUUUUAUUGCAACGGUUUACUGCUAUGUCUAUGGAAAGGCAACGACAAACGUAGGCUUUUGGUUUGUAACCCGUACUGGGGUAAAACAAGAUGGAUUGAAAGCCCAACAGAACGUUAUUAUAAGAUGUUUGCUUUUGGAUACGAUAAAUCAUGUCGUACACACAAAAUCCUUAGGCUAAGCAGUGAUGAUAAUAUUGUCAUCCACGUAGACAUCUACGACUUGAGUUGUGAUUCAUGGAAGACUCCUUAUGAAGCUUUUCACAGCAAUGUAAUAAAGUAUAUUAAACCUGGCUUGUCUUCGAAGGGAAACACUUACUGGAUUGCUAAAGAUGACUCAGAAGAUGUUUACUUGCUCUGUUUUGAUUUUACUAGAGAGAAGUUUGGACCGCGUCUGCCUCUACCAUUUAGUUUUGCUUACGGAGGCUAUGCGUCUCUAUCUUCGGUUAAAGAAGAGAGGCUUGCGUUGUUGUUAAAACAACGGGGUAUAAUAUUUGAGAUUUUUGAUGUUUGGGUUACGGAUAAGCUUGAGCCCGGUGCUGUGUCCUGGAGCAAGUUAUUCAAAGUUGAAACGUUGAAACUCAAUUGUCGUUUUCUGUUUGAGAUUUUCUUGAUCGACGAGGAGAAGAAGAACUUUGUAGUUUUUGAUAAUUGUGAAGGAUCUUUCAAGACAUACAUCAUUGAUGGGGAAAGUGGUGAUUUCAGAGAAGUGGAGAGCAUAGAAGCUCCAUACUCACGGCUUGACAAUCUUGUGGACUGUUAUGUUCCAAGCUCUGUGCAAAUCUAA